AUGGAGGAGCUUAUUCCACGUCCCAUACGCACAAAAUGCCAAGAAAAGGCGGCGAUUGAUCACAAUCCUGGAUUCCAAGCGUACUUUGUGGUAAAUUGUCUAGCACAGUGUCAGCUAGAGGAGCUCGAAGUUAUCGAUGGGGAAGAGCUGCAUCUAGAAAAGCUUUACCCACUGACGGCAAAGUUCCCUGCCGAUUACCGGCACGCGGUUCGCCAAGCGAUCGAUGAGUGUGAUGCUUGGCUGCAGGGCAAAAAGAAGGAAAGACGGCGGCCCGAUGGUAAGGCGCAUUGCCCAUUGAUUGGGAUGGAGGUGGAAAAUUGCUUGCACCGCACGACGUUUAGCAAUUGUCCCAACUCCCGGUGGAAGGCAAGCAUUACCUGCAACAAGGUGCGCCAGGGGUUGCCGUUUUGUUAAGGCCGUUUGUUUGAAGAGUUGAAUGAAAACUGUACGAGACAAAAUGCAAGGAAAACGGAUA